AUGACUGGUUCGGAUUCGAUACAUCAAGAUCCAUAUGGCGGGAUCGUCCAGUGGAUGGUGUGGCUAGUGAACUCCAUUCCUGGUCGAGACAUUGUUGUGCGGUACAUCGCCAGUAGCUAUCAACACGACCCAGUCCGUUCCCUUCUGGAACUCAUCUUGUUCAUCUUUGCUCUUCGCACGAUUUUGCAAAAUCGAACGCGUGCGCGAGGAAACUCGCAUUUUAUUGAUUUCUCCAAGAAAGAAAUUGACUACUUGGUCAAAGAAUUUGAGCCAGAACCCUUGUGUUCACCGCUGACAGCAGAACAACAAGAAGAACUCGAUGGCAUCCCUGAGGUGUGCGGUCAUGCAUCAGCGCGCCCCCUGGUGAAAGCGCCGUGGAUGACAGGCACAUUGCCACGACGCGUUUUGAAUCUUGCAUCGUUCAAUUUUACUGGUAUGUUGGAGGCGCCAGAAAUUGAGGCGCAGGCGAGAACUAUCCUUCGUGAAUACGGUGUUGGAAGUUGCUCUCCUCCAGGCUUUUACGGAACUAGUGACAUGCACAUCAAGCUGGAGUCGCGGGUCGCCACUUUUUUCCGCAAAGAUUCGUGCAUCGUGUACAGUCAAGGAUUCUCGACAACCAGCAGUGUGAUUCCAGCAUUCUGCAAACGCGGCGACGUUAUCGUUGCUGAUGAAGGCGUGGCAUUUUCAAUCCAAAAAGGGCUGCAGUUGUCCCGCAGUCACAUCCAUUGGUAUAAACACAACGACAUGAAAUCACUUGAAUCUGUCCUAAUGCAUUUGAACGAAGAGCAGGAAAGCUCUCGACGGCCCCUGACGCGUCGCUUCAUUGUUACAGAAGCUCUAUUUGAGAGGGAUGGAACCAUCACGCAUUUGCCUCAGAUUGUGGAACUAAAGAAGAAGUACAAAUUCCGGAUGGUUUUGGACGAAUCCUACAGCGCCGGUAUCCUUGGCAACACAGGCCGGGGUCUGACUGAACUGCAAAAUGUCGAUCCUGAUGACGUCGACAUUAUUGUGGGCAAUCUAGCGAUUGCCUUCUCUACGGCUGGUGGAUUCUGUGCAUCGACAAAGGAAAUUGUGAAACACCAGCGUAUUAAUGGUCUCUCAUUCGUAUUCUCUGCCGCCAUGCCUGUGAUGAUGGCGAAUGGAUCCACUGUUGCUAUGGACUUGCUUGAUGGAGACUUGGGCGUGUUCGAGCGACUUCGUGAAAACACGUCGAUCCUGCGCAAUGCGCUCGAUCCCAUAAGUGCAAUUGCAAUUACAAGCUCACCAGAGAGUCCUCUUCAGCAUGUCCAACUCAGACCUAGUGAAGAUGACACGAACCUUGCGGUCUUGUACUCGGAUCCAAAAGCACAUGCGUCGUGGAUGGCUUCGCAACAGGAGGUUCUCAAGAAAAUUGAGCGGCUUGCCCUCAACCAAGGUGUCUGGAUUUCUAGGAAUCCACACAUCCCCAGUAUCCGAGCUGAACUUGAUCAGGGACCAUGGGCACGUCCUAGUCUAAGGAUCAUCGCUACAAGUGCACUUAGCCCCGCUGAAAUGAGACAAGCAGCUGAUAUCGUCCGUGCGAGCAUAGUUAGUGUACUUGGAUCAUGA